AUGGAUCGGCUGCUGAGCGUAACCGACGCAGAUACACAACCCCAGGUGACGCCGGGCUUCAACUUCGAGUUUCUCAUCUUUCUGAUCCUUUCCGCAAUCCUCGCCAUAUUCUUUCUGCUCUACUUUAACCGACUGUUUGGCUCUGUCGUGUCAUAUGUGAUUCGGACUUGGACAUGGCAUCAAUACCACAUAUAUCUCGACAUAAAGGCGCUUCAAGUAUCGCUUUUGGCUGGUCGAGUGUUUUUUACGGGAUUGCGAUACCACGGCGCGAACGAAACCUUUUGUAUUCAACAUGGAGACAUUACCUGGAGAUACUGGCUGCGCCGAGUCAGAGAGGCAGACAUAUUCGCGUCGGCUGGGGAAGGGGAGAUGUUGGAAUCGGAAAGACGGAAGAAUGCGGCGUUACCAUGUCGGAUAAACUUGAAUCUUGUUGGUUUGGAGUGGUUUGUUUACAACCGCAGUCCAGCGUAUGAUUCGGUCCUUGCCGGCAUCAUCGAUCCAACUUCAUCCGGCUCAAGCUCGAGCGUUGGGGGAUUUGAUGAGAAGGGAGAUACAGGAUUGCGAUCACGGAAGACGAACCAGGAAGAUACAACCGAACGAGACCGAGACUAUACCCCCCACGAAGAGAGCAAUAGGGCAUUGAACGGAAACGGAAAGCCUGAAAUAGGAAGUCGGCCCAGCACUGGCUACAAAAGCAAGAGUAGCGAUGAGGCCGCAGACGACGAAGUUUCAGAGCUACCUUUUAUCCUCAAACUAUUUCCCAUCCAGAUCGAAUGCCAGAAAGCUGCGGCAGUGUUUGGAAAUGACAACACCAAAGCAAUCCUAAUCGUGAAAGCCGAUUCUCUUUCUGGAGACGUUGAUGCUUCAGAGACGAAGACCGUGGAUCAAUACAGACAGACAUUCAAGAUUGAACUGGAGCAUCCUGUGGUGGAAAUGCUGGAUAACUCGGACUAUAAGGAGGACCAGGCCGCACGAGCCAAACGGGAGCGAGAUAACGUUCCCCAGGAUUCACAGGAAGCUCCAAGGAAGUCAUAUUUCCGCCAACAUAGACGCAAGGCACUGAGCUCCUUGCGGAAUCUGGUGCCCUAUUGGCGAAGAUCUGUGGAGUCGUUUUCAAGUGACGCUCGGGCUGGAGGGGGUGCUGCUCCAGCCCAGGUUCCUGGAGCUGUCCAAUGGCAAGGCUUGUCACGGUAUCUCGAUGAUCAGGAUAUAGAUGAUAAGACUCGCUGGUCUUCUGUUGAAUAUGCUGCGGUUUCAACCGUUCUCGAUAGCCCAGCCUGCCACUUGACUGUAUACUGGGAUGCUGUCAGCAAAGUAACCGAAGAUGCUCAUCGUCAGAGACAAAUGAACCCAUCUUUGAAUAUCAAUGGGUCAGAGCCACCAGCUUGGGGAGUGCAUUUAUCGGUAAAGGGAGGGACUAUGAAUUACGGGCCAUGGGCUGAUCGGCAAAGGGCUGAUUUACAACGUGUUUUUGUGCCUUCGCUCUCCAAGGAUGGCACCGCCACUGGACCGCUUCCGGUUGGAGCAUGGAGAGUCCCUACACUUUUUGACUUGCUGGUAGAACUGGACGACACAGUUACGCUUCGUAUCCCCAUAAGGGAGGAGUCUAAAAACUGGCGUUGGCGUGGUAAAGAGCCGCCACUAGUCAAGCAAGAAACGACUCGCAAUACACGCAAGCAUCGGGCCAGGGGUAAGAAAAGUUCAAAAAGCGAGGCGGUCCAGCUUCGCCAGUCCGGUUGGCUUGAGUUCAAGCUUCCUCAAAACUCCACCAUUAGAUAUUCCAUGGACAUGGUGGCCAGCCCAAGUGGCUAUAAAAACAAGCUGGCGGUUCAGAUGCCGAGCACUGAGCUACGAAGCAGCGUCAAUCAUGAUGUACUCUGGCGGUCUGGUCCCCAACAGAUUUCCUGCGAUCUUUCAACCCCGCUCUCGUGGAAUACGCUGCGGAAUUGGAAUUUUAACAUAGCAUGCGAUGGAAUGGACAUGUAUCUCCUGAGGGACCACAUCUUCUUGAUCAUUGACUUGGUUGACGACUGGGGAGCAGGCCCCCCUGCCGAAUAUCUUGUGUUCACGCCCUUUUUAUACCAUCUUCAUCUCAGUUUACGGAAUGUGAAAAUCCAUCUCAACGUCAACGACGAGAAUAUCAUCGAUAAACCAACUGAUAUGGAUGAAAACACGUUUCUUAUACUUUCUAGCCCGGAAUUGAAAGCUGAAACCUGCAUACCUCUUGAUACUUUCCGACCAAGCAAGAACAGUAUUCCUUUCGAUAUACGAACUGAAACUCUUGACCUGGCACUGCAUGCUUCCGAGUCAAAUACGCAGGCAACAUUUCUGAAAUCCAAAGAACUGGGACAUAUUGAAGGCUUAGCAGUCGCUGGAAGUUAUCAAUACAAUGCAACUACCUCUCCCGCUAAUACAGAUACUCUCGACUUAAAUAUCCACGCCCAGUCACCUUCCGUUUACCUCUACGGCUUCGUUGUUCGGUACUUUAUGCUACUCAAAGACAACUAUUUCGGCGAGUUUGUACAUUUCAGAACUCAAGAGGAAUAUCAGGAGCAACUACAAGCGAAGGCGCAGAAUCCAGAUGCUGAGCCGGCUAUUCGCCCCCCUAGCAAGAAAUCCAAUGACCUUGACGUGAUCUUGGCCAUUAAACUAGACGACCCUCGCCUCUUGAUCCCUACUAAUAUUUACUCCUCAAAGUGCUAUCUUCAGGGUGAAUUGGCCUCUUUAUCCCUGGACUUGCGUUUUACAAAUUACUAUAUGGAUAUGGAACUUGAUCUAAGUCCAUUAUCGCUGUCUUUGGGCAGCUCAGAGAGCAAUUUGGAUUCUGCCAGUGUAUCAACUGCUGAUACGCAACUGUUUGUUGAUGGCGUUCGAGUAUUUGGCCACCGUACCUUCGGCUUGCCUCCAUCAGAGCCAACAUACCUUUGUAACUGGGAUGUCGCUGUUGGCGCAGUCGCCGGAGAGUGCACAACUGACUUUGUAGCCGCUUUGACUAAAGCAGGACCAGCAUUUGGGUUUACGUUUGACGACGUGGAAAACGCCGUGGUGCCGUAUUCCUCGUUAAUAUUUUACGACGUGACAUUUGUUCGAGUUGCUGUCCAGUCAAUUCGCCUCUGGAUACAUGUAGAAGAAAGCGUUUUCUGCUUUUCUACUGAUGCCAUCGACGUCAACAGCAAUGACUGGGCCCGCUCGCACUACUCAAAGCGAGCCAACGUGCUCAUACCAAACCUUCAGCUCUCAUGCAUAAAUGCGGACUCAGCGGCGAGACACAAGUCACGCCCGCAGCACCCGGUUGAAACUCAGGCAUACCUUAAAACAGAUAUUCGGUUGGCAUCCAUUGGAAGGAAAUUUCAUUUUUCUGAAGAACGGAAAAUCCAGCAAGACCUAAUCUAUCGCGAGGAUCAACGAACAGACAGAACGCCGUUUCUUCUUCUCCCUGGUACAGGCGGCGAUUUAGUUUCCGAACAAGUCGACCCUCCCGCGCAAUGCAUGCCUCCCCCUCCUCCUCCUCUUGCCGAUAUUGAGUACGAUAAGGCCUCAGUGAGCACACGCUCGCGGAGAGUGACCCGCCAAAGGUCGUUUCUCUCCUUUGCUAGCUCUUCGAGCGACAGCAGUCUCGGGUUUCGCAGUAGCCGCCGUGAUAUACAAAGAACAUCACAAUUUGGAGGCAGCUUUCAAUACUUCAACCCAAACUUUCCAUUGGAGGGAGUCAGACCCGAUAUUAGAGACGCAACUUUCCCGCCAAUCGAUGAAGAAGAGUUUGAGUUUUUCAAUCGACUGAAGCUGGAUUUGAAUGAUAUCUCCUCUACUGAUCUUAGCGAAGAUCACGCUCAGUCGAGCACUAUUCUUGAGUUCCCUUCUGGAAUAAACGCAUUUAUCACUCCUGAAGCUAUCCGCCAUGUCACUAUCCUGAUGGCGGCCUUGCAGCCGGCUGACCCUGAAGAUGUGCUAGACUCUCUCCAGUCUGGUACUAUUACGGACAUCUUCAAAGCCCGAAAAGAAGCACCAAUCAAAGGCGAGAUGCUUGAUUUUAUGGUCAAAUUACCUAGAAUCAAUCUCCGAUUUCUCAACUCGUCGACACUAGAUUCGCCAGACCCAUCUGAAGAAGAGCUAGAUCAAUAUGACCUAACAAUAUCCAAGGUCUCUGUUGUGACGCGAACUACAAAAGAACGAGGCGUUAUCAAUGCUAGAACUUCUCUGGACUUACGUUUAGGCUCCAUUGAGAUGUCAGCCUCAGAGCGACUUUCGUCUGUCCAGAAGCCACAGGCAGCUGUAGUAGUCCAAAUCGAUGGAGUGAGGGUCUCUCUAGGAGCCAAAGACAUCACAUACUUUGACGCCGAUAUUGGCUCAAUCGAGGGAAGAACCGCGUCAGGCAAGAUCGAGUAUCUAGCCUCUUUGAUUCACCGCACAGGCGAAGUCGCUACCGAGCUGGAGCGACUCUUGACAGAGGUCAAUCAGCGCCACUCUACGCACGUCAGAUACUUUGUGCUACGCCUGCUGCAGCUGGGAGAGGCAACAAAUGACCCUCCAUUCCUUAUACGGCCUUCGGCUGUUCUCAGAUCUGCAAAUCAACAUUUGAGAACAGUGGAUUCUUGGAAAAUGAUCAUGCGACUUCGCCAAAUCUGGGAUACUAAAAACGAGUUUGAGAAAGCUCAAUUGAUCCAAGAGUGCUGGGGCGAAUCGCCCACUCUUCCACCUGACGCAGUGCAAUGCGUGGUGAGCUCCUUUGAGAAGUGGAGAAACUGGGAUUUGGAAAACGUUUCACACACUCUCCUCCUAAGGAAAAUCUUUGGCGAUAUAGGAGCCGAUGACCAGGAGGACGAAGAAGUAUAUCCCCUCUUAGGUGCUUGUAAGCUCGGCAACGUUUGCCUCAUACUAGAUCCAGGCCCAAAGCAAAACAGAGUUGGGUUUGUCGAUCUCAGUGCAAGAGUUGAAAGAAAAUUGGGGGAUCCUACAACUGCCGUCUUGGGGACAAUACCUGUGACUGUUUUGAAUAUAUGCUGUGGUGAUGCAUUACUCAACUUGAACUGGGAACUUUGUGUUCUUGCCGAUGAUGUCUUGCGGCUAUACCACAGAAGCCAGAGCCAGGCCCCUGCUCCCUUUCAGAAGCCGGUUUUGGAGGCCAUCAAGCCGACAAAGAAGCCAUCAACAGCUUAUCAUCUUGCUCUUGAGCUCAUCAAGGGGUCUAUCGAACUUGAGACGGUGAACCUAAGCGCGAAGACUUUAGGUGACGGGCUUAAAGCUUCCUUACUCACUUUUGAUACGAGUGAGGGCGCAACUCUCACAAGCUUGAUGAUAAAUUGUGAUGCUGUCACCUCCAUGAUGCAUAGUCAUUCGCAUCACCUGGGCGUUUCUCAGUUUCGAAGACCGAGUCUAUGCGUUUCGCAUGAACUAAGAACGGUCGAUGAGGUGUCAGCACACAAAGUCAAAGCAACGGCUAGCAGCCAGGGCCUGACGUUCACUGUGAAGCAAGACCCUAUCGGUCUCAUGGAAGUUCUUGAUCUACUCUUUAGAGACGAGAUUGCUCAGCUCCAUCGCUUGAAAACACAGCUUCCUGAUUUCUCAAAGGCAGAAUCACAGGCUGAAUCGGCUGACCGCCCGUCAAACUUCAGGAUCAAUAUCGCCACAUUCAUAGAUGAUUACCAAAUCAGGCUUCCUUUGAUACCGUCUCUCACAUAUCAAAUCUCUGGCGUCGUCGCGCGGGCGGCAUGUGCGGCAGACUCUUCCAAAGAAAUCAUUUUUGACUUUGACGUCAAAGAAAACUCUCAUGAGAUGCAAAUCAACGUCAAGAAUGAGUCUCGCACCAUCUCUUGUUUGCAAAUACCCCCUACAAAUGGACGCAUCACAAUGAGCCAGGGACAGAAGGCAGAGAGUAUACUGAACGUGCUCUGUUCGGUUGAAGUUAUGCGUUUGGAUGCAUCGGCAAUAUAUAAUCUCCUCACAGCGCUGAAUCGACCACAAAUUUCCACUGCCAUCGAAGAGAUACAGCUGCAAUCUAAAGCCAUCCAAGAACAUAUCGAAGAUAUCUUUGGGACUAGCGAGACAAAAGAGGUUGAAAAACCCAGCUCGAAUAUGGUAUACGCUGUUCAUCUUACUAUGGAAGGAUUACAAAUUGCAUCUAAGACGGCUUUGAAGUCUGAAGCUGGAUCAAUGGCGCACGUACUCUUUUUCAUGGAUAAAGCUUAUUUGCGAGCAUCUAACCGUCAUGAAGUACACGGCCCUAUUCUCAAAUAUCCAGAGAUACACUUGAACCUCAGACAUGUUGGAUUUGACAUCCAAAGAGGAACGGAAGACAACAUGAGGUCCUGUGGUAAUUUCGGUGCAAGCUUUACAAUAUCGGCCAGUUCAAGCUCUGGAGAUGACGGCAAAGACGAGUGGUCAUUCAACUUCAGGAGCGACGAUUUUGACGUGAAUUUAUCGCCAAGGUCGACAUCCACAGCUGUUGAUGUGCUGGGUUACCUAGGGACAAAGAUAAAGGACUUGGACACAUCGCGAGAAUUAGAAUAUCUACGGAGACUCAGACAAUCCAAGCCACGAAUCUCCAUUAACGAUGAUGAGGUCUUACCCGAGUAUACGGACAUUCUCGACUCUAUUCUUGGAUCUGUCGUUUAUCGUUUCGAAUUACGAAACAUUCGCGCUUCCUGGAAUGUUGCGGAUGAUAGUGGGCAUCAAGCGAGCAACGAGGAAGAUCUAGUACUAUCUAUCAAAUUAAUCGAGUUCGGUACGAGGACCAAGAGAUCUGCACGACUGGCCAUAGAAGACUUUCAACUUCAAACGGUACCACCUGGCCAUGACAGAAAUUUGAGAUCUGUACACUCGGCACUUCUUCCCCAAGUCAUUUUCAACAUUGCCUACUUCUCCACGGCGGAUGCUCGCCGGUUGGCAUUCCAAGCCUCGGGCGAAUCCUUGGAUCUCAGAUUGACAUCGGCUUUCAUAGUCCCGGCAGCCAACUUGGUUGAAUCAAUAUCGUUAUCAGCAAAGAAUGUGCAGAAGGCAUCGAUACAAUGGAAUAACGAGGCAGCGCAAAGUAAUAAGAAGCCUGAAAGCGCACCCAAGCCCAAGCCUUCACGAAGUGCCUUUGGCAACAAACGACUUGAGAGCCUGCUCAUGGAUGCCGAUUUUGCAGGCGCGGUUGUUUACGUAUCAAGCGCAAAGUCUGCUCAUGAUGCUGCGCGGCUUUCACGAAGCGGCCGCCGCCCGUCCCUGGCAGGAAAAUAUGGCCAGUUCACAACAGACGACUCAGGAAGCGGCGCAGUGUUGCGAAGCCCUGGGCUUGCCUGGAAGGCUGAAUACCGAGACAAUGGCCGGGAUGAUCCUGCACUAUCGGGCGAAGUCAAGAUUGAUGCUUCGAGCAAUAUCCUGUACCCAUCUGUCGUUCCGCUCAUUAUGGACAUUGUGGCUAGCGUGAAGGAGGUAGUGAGUGGCGAUACUGAUAGUGAACCAGCCUCAGAGCCGGAGCCGCCAAAGCUGAAACCAGAGAAGUCUGGAGAUGAGGAUAAUAUCCUUACUGCAGACCCUAGCGCGGUAUUGGGUCGUGUCAAGCUGAACUUGGGCCUACGUAUCUGCAGACAAGAAUUCUCCCUAAGCUGCCAGCCUAUAGCCCGUGUUGCCGCCACGACAAGCUUCGAAAGCGUGUACUUUACUCUCAACACAGUUUCUUCACAAGACCACGGAAACUUUUUUGCGAUAUCCGGUGUUCUUAAUAAACCACAAGCUUCGGUACAGCAUGUGUAUUCGAGAGAGUCGACUGCAAGCUUCGAGGUCGACACUGUGACGCUUUCAUUCAUGAAUAGCAAGCACGUCAGCGGCACAAGCGGUGUUUCGGCUAUUCUGAGUGUAAGCCCCAUGAAAAUUUCCGUCAACGCCAAGCAGGUACAAGACUUUUUACUGUUUGAAGAAAUCUGGUAUCCUAAAGACUUGAGAGGUGCAAGCACGACUCCGCCAGUGCCCAAGCUAGCUACAGAGACAUCACAAGGCCACUUGGUUCAAAGAUACCAGCAGGUAGCGGCCACGGCAGCUUUCCCGUGGACGGCGACGAUAUCCAUCGCCGCCCUGGACGUCAGCGUUGAUAUGGGGCAAGCGAUAGGCAAAUCUGUCUUUGAGAUUAGCAAAUUUUGGGUAUCGUCUAAGAAGACGUCUGACUGGGAGCAGAAUCUAUGUCUUGGCUUUGAUAAGAUUGGCAUAGACUGUACCGGUCGCUUAAGUGGUUUCAUUGCUCUGCGGCAUUUCAAACUACGGACCUCGAUCCAUUGGCCGAAGCGAGAAAAGGCACUCAAUGAAACUCCUCUGAUCCAGGCGUCUAUUAGCUUCAACGAGCUACGUGUCAAGGCAGCGUUUGACUAUCAAGCCUUUUUGAUUGCAGACAUCACUUCGUUGGAAUUCUUGAUGUACAAUGUGAGAGAGGGUAAAGAUAGCAGAGGAGACCGCCUCGUAGCAAUUUUCGAUGGCGAUGCUGUGCAGGUAUUUGGCACUGCGACAUCAGCCGCCCAAGCCGUCUCUCUUUACCAGGCCGUUACAAAGCUAAUGCAAGAGAGGCGAGAGAAUUUCGAAUCGUCGCUCAAGGAGAUUGAGAAGUUUAUGAGACGCAAGUCUUCAGCGGCGCGCCAAUCGAUAUCAACAGCGACGAGGACUCCCAAGCUACCGGCAGAUGACACCAUGUCCAAAUCCCCCAUUUCUCUGGACACAGACGUGGUUGUAACACUACGAGCACUCAAUCUUGGAGUGUUCCCAAACACAUUCUCCGACCAUCAGGUAUUCAAGAUGGAGGCCCUGAACGCAUACGCGCGGUUUGCCGCAAGCAUCGAGCAACGGCGAGUCCAUAGCGUGCUGAGGAUGACGCUGGGACAGCUCCGAAUCGGAUUGGCAGGUGUUAGGAACAUUGAAGCGCCCAAGACACUCAGCGAAAUGUCAGUGGAAGAUGUGGUUGAGCGGUCGACGGGGGCCCGGGGUGGUACAAUCCUCAAAGUGCCGAGGGUGGAAGCGGCAAUGCAGACAUGGCAGUCGCCAAAUAGCAAUCAUAUCGACUACCUAUUCAAGAGUGCCUUUGAAGGCAAAGUUGAGGUCGGAUGGAACUAUUCCCGCAUCAGCUACAUACGCGGUAUGUGGGCGAAGCACAACAAGUCGCUGGAAGAGACAUGGGGUCGGCAGCUGCCCCUUACGGCCGUCAAGAUUACCGGAGUACCGGAAGCUGAGGAAGGGCAGCGAGAAGGCGGCGAGCAGCAGAAAAUUACGGCCGAGGUGAAUGUGCCACAAUCCAAGUAUGAGUAUCUCGCUCUGGAGCCUCCCAUCAUUGAGACGCCACAGCUGCGAGACAUGGGCGAGGCGACGCCACCGUUGGAAUGGAUUGGCCUGCACAGAGAGAGGCUGCCAAACUUGACGCAUCAGAUUGUCAUUGUGUCGCUGUUGGAGUUGGCAGGAGAGGUGGAAGAUGCAUAUUCGCGGAUAUUGGGGUCGUCAUAAGAGGCGUCGGUGUGAGUCACUCGAGGGCUGAGUACCUAGCUUAUAAGCGAAGGAGUACGGUGUCAUGAUGCUGUUUUCCUUUCUUUCUUUUCUUCCUGUUUUUGGGCUUUUGGCUUUUCUUUUCUUUUCCCCAAAAUUAUGGUUGACCGGCGAGUGACGUGGUGGUAUGAGAGAAUGAGAAGACUCAAUAUAUAGCAAUAUCAAGACUUAAUAAGUGGCUGUUUUGGGCGGUAUUGAACA